GCUACAACCACCAGGAACCUCUCAAAUUAUACAAGAUACAAACAUGACUAGAUUAAUACAAUGGCUUACUGGGAAGAUUCCAGAAUUUGUUCCUAGUCUUGAAGUUACAGAUAAUGAUCCUGUAGAAGAUAUGUGUAAACAAUUAGAAAACCUUCAAAUCAAUCUAACUAAAAUAAAAAAAGCUAUGAAAAAGAAUUCUAGCAAGCCUAAAUCUUCUAAUUGCAAGGUCAAAACUAAAUCUAGAACCAAAAAAUUGAGUCAAUCAAAACAUGUUAAUGCUCAUAUAAUUUCAGAUGAAUCAUCUUCAGACUCUAGCAAUAGUGAAAAUAGUACAAUAUCUAGUGAAAAUGAACUUGAAACCAAUACCUUGGCACGUUCAUGGAAUGAAUCAGAAUCAAAUUUCUCUAGAACCAGUGAGUCUAGUAAUUCAGAAAAUGAUUCAGAAGAAUACGAAAUCAAUGCCAUAAAAAAAAAAUAA